AUGGGGAAAGAAGCGGAGAAAGACGAGGUUUCUCUAAAGGAGGAGACCAAAGGGAAGGCAGAAUCAGACGGCGCUUUCAAUGGCUAUGUGAGGAUCUUUCGUUAUGGUUCCUCCACGGAGUAUGCCAUGCAGGCAUGUGCAACAGCCUGCGCACUCGGUUCUGGCGUCGGCAUGGCCUUGGUCAACUUAGUUUUCGGCCAGUUUAUUACACUCAUUCUCGGUUAUACCAAACGUCAAACCGACGCUGACGCCUUCAGAAGUGGCGCUGCAAGGCUGAGUUUAUACUUCUUUAUUAUUGGACUCGCUCGCUUCUUCCUCACAUACGGGUACAGUACGCUAUUCACACUUGCUGCAUACCGUAUCACACGAAACAUUCGCCGCCUGUACUUGAAGGCAGGGCUCAGUCAAGAUAUCUCAUUCUUUGAUAAGGGAAGUAGCGGGUCCAUUGCUAUGCAAGCGGUUUCAAAUGGCAAACGUAUUCAAACUGGAGUGUCUGAAAAGCUGGGCCUUGCCAUCCAAGGGCUCUCAUGUUUUAUCUCUGCGUUUGUGCUGGCAUUCGUCACAUACUGGAAGUUGACACUCAUAUGCUGCUGCAUUGCUCCAGCUACACUCCUUGUUAUUGGUAUUGCCACAACUAUUGAUGCUUCGAUUGAGACCAAUAUUCUCAAAAUUCAAGCCCAGGCUGGCGCUUUUGCAGAGAGCAUCUUGUCAAGCUCACAGACAGUGAAUGCAUUUGGGCUUCGAACUCGCCUAGUAAGUGAGUAUGGAAAGUAUCUGCAAGCUGCUCGAACGCUCGGGAAUAAAAAGAGUCCACUUUACGGGUUCAUGUUUUCUGCGGAAUACUCGAUCAUCUUUGCUGGAAUCGGUCUCUGCUUCUGGCAAGGUGUGGGAAUGAUAGCCAGUGGGGAGGUGAAAGAGGAGGGUGAUGUAUUCAUGUGGGUUUUAAUAUUCCUCGCCACUCAGGGUAACGCAACUCUAAUAUUUUAUUGCAGUGUUCUCAUGUCUGUCAUUAUAGCGGCCACCAGCUUGACCUCUAUUGCGCCCUACUUUAUUGAUUUCACGCGUGCUGCAUCCGCCGCAGCAGAACUAUUCCGAGUCAUGGACCGCACUUCGGCCAUCGACCCAUUUGACGAGUCGGGAGAAAAGCCAACAACAACCACCGGUUCUCUUGACUUCGAAAAUGUCUCCUUUGCCUAUCCGACUCGUGCUGAUGCUAAAGUCUUGAAGGGAUUCUCGCUUCACAUCCCCGCUGGUAAGACAACAGCGCUGGUAGGAGCAAGUGGCUCUGGAAAGAGCACAAUCAUUGGACUCCUCGAGAGAUGGUACAAUCCCUUGUCAGGGCAGGUGAAACUUGAUGGCCAAGCUAUCGACGCGCUAAACCUCAAGUGGCUUCGACAACAAGUUAGACUUGUCCAACAAGAGCCCAUUCUAUUUGCUGGCACGGUUGCUGAGAAUAUUGCAAAUGGUCUUGUUGAUACACCAUGGGAUCAGGAGCCCCAAGAGAAGAAAAUGCUGCGCAUCCAAGAGGCUGCCCGGAUUGCCUUUGCUCACGAUUUUAUCACGGAACUUCCUAACGGCUACGAUACUGUUAUUGGAGAAAGAGGCGGCUUACUAUCCGGCGGUCAAAAACAGCGAGUUGCAAUUGCUCGAAGUAUUGUUUCCGAGCCACGCAUUCUUCUCCUGGAUGAGGCAACUAGCGCGCUAGAUCCUCAUGCCGAAGAACUUGUUCAAGAAGCUCUCAACAAUGUGUCACAAGGACGGACUACUAUCACCAUUGCCCAUAAAUUGGCAACUAUCAGAGAUGCUGAUAACAUCGUGGUCAUGGAGAAGGGCUGCAUUCUUGAACAAGGCACGCAUGCGUCACUUUUGGAACAGGAUGGUGCCUACGCACGACUUGUGCAUGCUCAGGAUCUCUCUGUGGGCACGGAGGCCUCCGAAGAUGAUACAGAUGAUGAGCAGCCAAAAGGUGAGGAACAUCGCCUGGACCUCACCGGUACACUCAGUCGAUACUCCACGUCGACAAGGUUGGCUGUGGAGAAGAAAAGUAACCGCGAUGACUUUGACAAUUGGAAAAGAGUUGGACUCCUUCACACAAUCUGGCGAAUUGUCCUGUCAACCCCCGAACUCAAGUGGACAUAUUUCUUUGUUAUUUUGGCGUGUUUAGGCGGGGCGGCUGCAUUCCCCGGCCAAACCAUUCUGAUGUCCCAAUUCAUCGAGGUAUUCGAGUUUACUGGCGACAAAAUGCGAUCGAAAGGAAAUUUUUUUGCAUUGAUGUUCCUUGUCCUAGCAAUCGGCACUUUUGCCAUGUACUUCCUCAUGGGUUAUACAUCAAACAUCGUGGGACAGAGCAUGAGUCAAAAAUACCGGAGACAACUAGUCAACGACAUGCUCAAGCAGGACCUCCAAUUUUUCGACCGCGCCGAGAAUACUACAGGCGCUCUAGCCAGCCGAGCAGAAACCCACCCACAGGCCGUUUUCGAACUAAUGGGAUUCAACAUUUGUCUCAUUCUUGUAUCCGCCGUGGCUGUGGUAGCAUGCAGCAUUCUCGCCCUGGCUUAUGCAUGGAAGCUGGGCCUGGUCAUUGUGUUAGCGGGGCUUCCUCCUAUGCUGUUCUCGGGCUACGCUCGCAUCAGGAUGGAGGGUGUGAUGGACCACCAUAUUUCAAAGUCGUUCUCUAAAAGCGCUUCGAUUGCUUCAGAAGCAGUGAACUCCAUCAGAACUGUCUCUUCUUUGGCUAUUGAGAAUUCGGUGCUGGAUCGGUAUACUCAAGAACUUGAUCGAGCGGUUAAUGCUGCUACGAAGCCUUUGCUCCUUAUCAUGUUACCUUUUGCAUUCACUCAAAGUGUGGAAUACUCCUUCAUGGCACUAGGGUUCUGGUAUGGAUGUCGACUUGUCUCAUUCGGAGAAAUUACCAUGGUCAACUUUUUUAUCGCCUUCUUGGGUGUAUUCUUUUCAGGCCAGCAAGCCUCUAUCCUCUUCGGGUUCUCAAGCAGCAUGACAGCAGCAACAAAUGCAGCAAAUUACAUCUUUUGGCUAGAAGAGCUUCAACCCACAGUUCGGGAAACCGAAGAGAACAAAAACAUCGGACCCGAAGACUGGAAGAUUCUCGAACUGGAUAACCUGCAGUUCUCAUACCCACUGCGACCCAAUUCUCGCGUACUGCGUGGUGUGAACCUCAAGAUAAAAAAAGGCCAAUUCGUCGCCUUCGUCGGCGCAUCUGGCUGCGGGAAAAGCACAAUGAUAAGCAUGCUAGAGCGCUUCUACGACCCAGUCUCGGGCCAAAUAAUCAUUGACUCAACAGCGCUAUCAGAGAUGAGCCCAUGGCUCUACAGAAGCCAGGUAGCACUUGUGCAACAAGAACCAACCCUCUUCCCAGGAACAAUCCGCGAAAACAUCUCGAUGGGCGCUCCAACUAAUACAAACAACACAUCAACAACUUCAGACGAUGAUAUCGAGGCUGCUUGUCGGGCUGCUAACGCAUGGGACUUCGUCUCCUCUCUGCCAGACGCUCUAGCUACUCCAUGUGGAUCUAACGGUACACAAUUGUCAGGUGGCCAGCGACAACGGAUUGCGAUAUCAAGAGCUCUGCUUCGGAAUCCGCGUUUAUUACUUUUGGAUGAGGCUACCAGUGCGUUGGAUACGCAGUCUGAGAGGGUUGUGCAGGAUGCUUUGAAUGAGGCUGCUUCACAUGGCGAUCGGAUUACUAUUGCUGUUGCGCAUCGACUUUCGACUAUUCGGCAUGCGGAUGUUAUAUGUGUCUUUGAUGGAGGGCGAAUUGCUGAGUCUGGGACUCAUGAGCAGUUGCUGGCUAGGGGUCGGCUUUAUCCUAAGAUGUGUGAGGCGCAGAAUUUGGGGACUUGA